AGCUCUGUGUAUGUCUGCAGUCCAUUAAUUGCAUAGGAGGAAAAGUUCUCUCUUACUUCUCAGCGUGAUAAAUACAAGAUUUGACGUGUGACCUGACUGAAAAUGCGUGUGAAAGCCUUGAGGAAACAGUGGAACGUGUAAUGAUGUGUUGAGAUGUUGACGAUGGGAGAUGAGAUGGAUGUGACGUGCUGUAAAUCAGUAGGAACUGAUCUGUCCAUGCGGGAUAUUGAUGAUUUCAUCACAGAAAUCUCUCAGCUGAAGAAAGAGGUGGCGUUACUGGAGGCAAAGCUGAGGUCGAGAGGAGAUGAAGGACUGAAGAGAGAGGUUUGUUGUGAAUCUUCAGUGUGUGUGACUGAUGGGAGUCUGGAUUCAGUGUGGAUGAGCAGCAGAGAUCAGAGCCGCACACCACAGCCACUGCUGGACAAACACACACAGGACUCAGAGCUCAGUCUCACUUUACUCUGUUAUACUGAGUCAAAACCCACAGAUGAUCAGGAGGACACUGCAGUGUGUGACAGUAAUCAGGGCUCACAGGAGGAUCAAACCUCCACAGAGUCUCUGGAUUGGGUCUGUAAUGCUGGAGAACAUCAGCAGAUCCUGAAGAUGUGUUCAGUCAAACUCAUCGACUGCAGGAACAUCAUGAUGAAGAUGAUAAGAGAAACCACAGCUGAAGAACAUCACACUGAGGAAGAUGAGGAUCCCACAGCUGAAGAACAUCACACUGAGGAAGAAGAGGAUCCCACAGCUGAAGAACAUCACUCUGAGGAAGAUGAGGAUUACGAUGAUAAUGAUGAUGAUUUUAUUCCUUCAGAUGAUAAGAGUGAUUCAUGUUCGGACGGAGAAACCUUCUCAGCAUCAAAAGAGCGCCUGACAGCACAAAAGCUUUCCUCCAUCACCGGUAAAAAGACAUUAAGACAAAUAGCGAGAAAUGAGAGAAAACACACAGAGCAGAAACUCUUUACCUGCACCAGAUGUAAGAUCAGCUUUACUACCUUAAAAGAGCGGAGCCAUCAUUAUUCAGAAGUGCACCUAGUAAAGAAGCACUUUCACUGUGAGGAGUGUGGGAUAAAUCUUUUUGCAUCAACGUCUAAUAUAAAUAAUCACAUGAAGACACACAGUGAUGAAAAGCUUUUCCACUGCAGUGAAUGUAACAAAUAUUUCUCCAACAAAGGAAAUCUCGUCGCUCAUAAGAGAACUCACACAGGAGAAAAACCAUACAAGUGUCCUCACUGUGAGAAGAGAUUUAGUAAUCCAUCCUAUAUUAAGAUACACGUGCGUUUACACACCAAUGAGAGACCGUAUCAGUGCAGUGAAUGUGGAAAAACCUUUACGGUUUUAGAAUCUUUAAAAUCACACAAAAGAACCCACAGUGAGGAGAAACCCUAUCAGUGUUCAUACUGUGAUAAACGUGUCAGCUAUAAAUCUCAUCUGAUAUCCCACGAGAGGAUUCACACUGGAGAGAAACCUUACCUCUGCUCUCACUGUGGAAAAAGCUUCUCUAAUCCAACUGCUUUUGGCUUUCAUCAGAGAGUUCACACUGGAGAUAAACCUCAUCCCUGUGAUGUUUGUGAGAAGAGCUUCAGUCGACAUGACCAUUUAGUGAGACACCAGAGAAUUCAUACCCGUGAAAGACUUUACAAAUGCUCUCAGUGUGACGAGACAUUCGCUCGAUCAGAUGUUUUGAGAACCCAUCAGAGAGUUCAUACUGGAGAGAAACCUUACCACUGCUCCAUCUGUGGAGAGAGAUUCGCUUAUUUAGGAAGUUUUCAGGGUCAUCAGAAGAAACAUGCUGAAGAACAAACUACAAUGACAUCAUCAUAGCACUGUUUUUUUAAUAAUUUUUGUGAUUUUCCAUUAGGGCUGCACGAAAUAGGAUCAGAGCAGUCGUCAUGUAAAGGGGGAUUGGGUUGCAGUGACAAUUCUUUAUUGGUUCACAUCGCAAGCUUCAUCUGCACUUUAAAAACACUGUUUAAAGGUCCCGUUCUCAAAACGAUCUCUCUUUACUUCCGGUCCUAUAGUACUUGUGUAAUCUGAACGCACAGUGGUGUGUGUGUGUGUGUGUGUGUGUGUGUGUGUGUGUGCCUUUUUGUAAACAUGAGUCGUGAUUAAGUGAUUCCUCCCCUUAGCCCUGCUGGUUACUAUAUGUUUGUUUUGUUUCCAUUAAUCUUAAUUUUGAGUGUGUGUGUUGAUUGUGAUGCAUUUUGAAGUGGAGUGAUUGAUGUAUGUUUUGGAGUGCUCAUUUUAAAGGGGUUACGUGUAAAUAAAAUCUAUUUUUGUACUAUA